GGACGUUAAAUCGCGUGUGUGAUGGAUUAAUCUUGCGUGGAACAAAAAGAGUCAUAAUUCCGAACAUUUUGAUCGAAUUGAGAAGUUUAUUUGGAAUGGCAGAACAACGCAAUUCAUUGCCCAUAUCGGCUCGUGACAUUUAG